AGCGAGACUAGACUAACGGAGAAAACCGACGCCAUUGAGAACGCAACGUUGCGAAAUUUUAUUGUCAAAUUUUAUUUAGUAAAAACUUCAUAAUGCCACCAACAGACAAUAGAAUAUAUGUUGGUAAUCUUCCUCCAGACAUUAGAGCCCGUGAUAUUGAAGACUUGUUUUAUAAAUUUGGCAAAAUCACUUUUGUUGACCUCAAAACUCGCAGGGGGCCGCCUUUUGCAUUUGUUGAAUUUGAAGAUCAUAGGGAUGCAGUUGAUGCUGUUAGAGACAGAGACGGAUACAACUAUGAUGGUUACACCCUUAGAGUAGAGUUUCCGCGUGGCUCCGGCCCAGGAGGUCCAGGUGGAGAUCGUGACUAUGGUGGCGGCGGCGGUGGUGGUGGUGGUGGUGGUGGAUUCAGAGGAGGACGAGGUGGAUAUGGUGGUGGAGGCUUUGGUGGUAGAGGUGGAGGCGGUGGCAGAGGUGGUCCGCCGUCACGUAGAUCAGAGUAUAGAGUGCUAGUUUCAGGUUUACCUCCUACUGGUAGUUGGCAGGACUUGAAGGAUCACAUGCGUGAGGCAGGAGAUGUUUGUUAUGCUGAUGUUUAUAAAGAUGGCACUGGUGUUUGUGAGUUCCUGCGCAAAGACGACAUGAAGUAUGCAUGCAGAAAACUUGAUGAUUCAAAAUUUAGAUCACACGAGGGUGAAACAUCAUAUAUCAGGGUAAAAGAAGACUCUGGGGGUCGUUACAGUUACCAGUCAAGGUCACGAAGCAGAAGCAUGUCUCCUCCGAGAAGAUCGCGGGGCUCACCACGAUACUCGCCUAUGAGAUCCCGCUCACGAUCGCCAUACUAAUUCUUUAAUCAAAACAUAACAUCCUCAUUACACAUUUCAUACAGUUUUGAAAUAUACAUAUUUUCAUUCAUUCAUGGACACAAUUUUUUUCUCAUAAUGACAUUAUAAUUCGACAUGGCAUCUUACCAAUUAACAGUGUCUAGUUUGACCCUUUGAAAAAGGAAUGAUCUUUUCUCACAAGACUUAAAUACUUCUGUUUCUGUCAGGAAACGUAAUAAAUGAAUCUUAGAAAUCAGAUUAAGAGUUUUAUGUAAACUCUCCAUUGCAAAUUUCAACAUUACAUUUGGGACACAUUUUGACGAGAAAGAUGCCAUGGUGUAACAUAUUUACAUGUGAAGUGACAAUUAAGAAAUAACAUAAUUUUCAUUUUCCUCCAUUUUCAGAGGAUCUGAUUAAAGAGUUAGUGUGAGCUAUAUAUAGGUCAAAGGGCAGAUAGAGCUUCAAUGAGAUGUGAACUGAAAUAGACCGGAGUGAAUUUAUCGGUAAUAACAUCGUUUGUUGCCCAAACUGUUGAUUGCUAUACAUGUUUGAACAUUUAUGCUGGUUGUAUUACUGCAUGUGUAGAUGUUUACAAAAUUUGCUCAUACAGUUAGUUAAUUACUUAAAAAACAGAACUGAUACCUGGUGAUCGGAAAGUGAAGAUUUUUAUCCUAUAUUGUACAUACUGUGCUAUUAUCUGAUUAAAUUGAUUAAAGUUGGGUGAUUCCAUUGACAUAAAAAUGCAAGUAAUGCUGUUGCGGGGUAAAAGACCAGUAACAGAAUACGAAAAUUCUCUGUUCUUGUUUAGAAAUCACUCGAGGUAAUUUUAUGUAAGAUAAACUUUGAUAGUUGCUUUACAUUUUCUUUUUCUUCAAGUGUUUUCUGAACGUUAAAGGAAUCACACAGCUUCACAUGUUUAAAUGAAAUGAAAUGAAUUUUGUACAUGUAUAAUGUAGUACUGUCUUAUUUUAAUAACCAUGCACUGUUGUUUAUAUUAAAGGGCUCUUGGAUUCAGGAUAAGGAUCCGUUCAGGAGCCAGCUCACUAGGAAAGGAGCUAAUAGGAAUUAGGGAGCUAAGGUUCGGCCUGCUUUAGGAAGGAUAGAGGGAGCUAGGAUCCAUCUGGAUUAGGAUUAUUUUUCAAUGAUUUUUCUCCCCUUCCCGUAAGGCCUGGAUUAGAGAUUUUUGCAGUCCUCUAAGGAGCCGAGCCUUUGGAUUUGGAAUAUUCUUACGUUUAUCUUGAAAAUUCAAUUUGCUGAUUUGAAAGUAAUUCUUCUGAAAUAACUUCAGUAGUUUUAAGUUUGUUUACAUUUGAAAAAAAUCAAAAUUUUAUUUAGUCAUGAUUAGAAAGGUAAGUAUCAGAGAAAGGUAGUUAUUUUUUUAGGAAUUUUUUUUUCAAAAAUCAGUACUGCUGAAGUUAAUCGCCAGUGGCUGAAGGAAAAUUUAGACAUAAUUGUAACAUAAUCUGGAAAGGAAAUGGAAAGGAAUUUCACUGCCCUUGAGAAUUUGGCGUCCCUUGAAAUCUUCCGGAGGAGUCCCCAUUUCAGGUCUGGAUAAAAGUCAUGGAAAAGAAUCUGGAUAAGGAAUUUUUUGUUCGAAUGGAAAGUUUCUGGAAAAAAGGAAUAAAAGUAUUGUUUCUGUCUGAUUCCGGUCUUGGAACACUGCAUCUAUAUUGGAUAAAGGUGUUCUGUAUGGAGGGAUAUUUUUGUAAAUUCUAUGGAGGGAAUGUAUUGGAUUAAGGAUAAAAACAUAGUAAGUAUGAGUCCAAUGUAAAUGCAUAGGAUGACGAUUAUUGGCCUGAGUAUGAAGUCUGGUUUUGCAUCUAAAUUUGAGAAAAUAAUUGACUUAUUUAAUAAGAGAACAAUAGGGAUUUAAUUGGUAAGUCCAAUUUUUGAACCCAAGGAAGUAUUUUUGUCAAGCGGGUCUUAUUAUUGAAGCCUAGUGAAAUUUCAAUGUUUUUUUGUAACAAAGAAAAAUAUUUUACAAGGCCUUGUGUAUAUUACAGUAGUCCAUCGUUAACAACUGUUGGUGUUUUUGAAAAUUGCGAAUUGCAUAAUUUUUGGUAAUGAUCCAGUCCUCUUGUGCACUACAAAAUGAUUUUAUUGAAAUGUAUAUAGACAGAUUUAUAGUAAACUUACACCUUUUAUUUUCAGCAGUGUAAAUGACCUAUUGUAAUUAAAUUCAUGAACAGUA